AUGAAUCUGAAUAAACUGCAGCGGUUGGCUAUGGCGCACAACGCUAUAAGCGAUCUCCACGGAGGACAAGAAACGUCUGUGACCGGUCGACGUCAUCAUGCGAGAAAGAAGUCUGCCCCUUCAUCACCCGCCACCAGUCCAAAGACCGGCCACCAUGUACGGUGGAACGGCUCUGCUGUGGCAUUGGGCGGCGUAUCAUCAAAUAAUCCAGCAAUGAGAAAGAAUCUUUCAACUCCCAUUUUGAAGCGAGAAGGCUCAAGUGGUAAUAUUAUCAAGAAGGGACACUUACUAGGCGAACUGAGCAGGAUUGAAAAGACAGAAGAGAAGAAAUCAGUGGGCUUUGAACUCGCGGGCUCUGACGACGACGACGACGAAUGGGAGGACCAUAGCUCUCCUUCGGGAGCAAGCACAAGGCGAAAUUCACUUGUUAUGGGUAAGGCCGGAAAUACUGAUGGAAAUCCCCAAGGCACCGCCUUGACGUUUACCAAGUCGCCUUUGGUCCAACAGAACAACGCAGCGGAUAUGAAGCCUGAAUUGAGUGAGGGGCCAGCAGCUGGUGAAGCGCAGCCUGAUUCUACAAAGUCUGCUGGAGACACAGUCCAACCAACAGAGCAAGGGCAAAACGACGUACCCCAGCGGCUUCUCAGCCGACAACACUCAGGCAUGGUGCCUCCAGCGGUGUCAUCAGUUUCCGCUACAGCUACCCAGGCACCGCCGGAACGAAGCUCUCGAGUAUCAUCAUUUGCCAAUCUAUCGAGCCUCGGUGGAAUAAAUCAGCCCGACUCUCGGCACAACAACGAAAGGGAAGACUCUCAGCGGUUCAGUCCUAAUGCUACACCCUCAUCUACUGAUGUAGGGGUAUCUCGGUUUCUAAUAACUCAUCCGAAUGGGGGUAGUCAUCCUGGUGGCCGCUCCGAAUCCGACUUCUCGACCCCUUCCUCAUUUCUUCCUAACUAUCAACCUCGCACUCCACCCUCUCCGGAAACAGCUAUAACGAAAGCACUCAAGUCACCUUCUCGACGCAGGCCUACAGAACCACACUCCCGUACACAGCAAAAGCUAUGGCUACAACGAACUGCAACACUCUCAACCUCACCAUCGGAGACCUCAAUGGGGCCCAUGACACCAGCUGUAGUACCUCAAGUAAUCGAUUCAAACGCUGCGCAUACUCGACUAGCCCUCGAUCCUCACCGUGCAGCCACUGCUGCUGGUGGAUUCGCAGGCGGCCCUUCAACUGAAGGAGAGUCUAAGAGAAUAAAGAAGGUGUACGAGCGACUAUCCACUGAGUUUUCGGUCAUGCAUCGUUUCCGAAAUCCAGUCGUAGACAGCCUAAAUCGGAUGUACGACAUGACCAAUCCUCCUGCAGGACAGGGUGGAACAUCUCAACCAAGCGCUUCUUCUAACUCUGGACAUUUGAAUACAAAUGAUAUCAAUCAUGAAUCUUCCUUACACACACGCAAUGGCAGCCAUUCAUCAAAUACCAAUACCUCAAAGCAGGGGAAACAAGGCUCGGUACGGUUCAAAGAUCAUGAAGAAGCUUAUAAUGAUGACUCAGAUGACCUUAAUGAUCAAAGCAAUGAUAUCUCAUCGCGUUCUGGCUAUCACCUUACGGAAGAGGAGCUAUUGGUCCGCCGUAUGUGGAAUAGCCUUGAAGUUGCUGCCCCAGGAGAUUAA